AUGGGUGUAUGUAAGGCACCCAUUUCCAAUCUACUCCUCCCUUCACCAACACCACCACCACCUUCACCACCAACUCCAAACCCAAGAGCCACCACUAGGCGCCUUCUCCUAUUCUCCCUUCCUUUAUUUACUGCAGCAACUUCUGCUAAUCUUCUUCCUCUUAGUACUACUGGUACUAAAAUUGCAAGUGCCUCAAGUAGACAAUUAAACUUCAACUCUUGUUGGGCACUAGCAGAGAGCUUUGACCCAGUAAGCCAAGCUGAGAAAGAAGCCAGUGCUAUCAUAUCUAGGAGAGUUUCAGAAGCUGUCGAGUUGUUGGAGAAAGGGAGGGAAUUGCAGGCUCAAGGUAACUUCAAUGAAGCUCUGCUCUACUUCACUAAGAUGGUUGAAAAUUACAAAGAUUUUGCGUUCUCAGACUAUGGAAGAGUGGGGAGAGCAUUGUCUCUUUAUGAGGUUGGGGACAGAGAAGAAGCAAUUGCAGAAAUGGAGGAUGUUUCUAUAUCUUUGAAGGGAUAUCCAGAAAUACAUGCAGCUCUUGCAGCAGCCUUAUAUGCGGACAAGCAUGCCUCAUUACUGGCAGAAAAUCAAUUCACCAUUGCAACUAUGCUUGAUCCUCACUAUACGGACCUGUCGUAUGUUAAAGAAACUAAGCAUUGGCCUCCAAGUUUGGUCAGUUCUUUGCAGCAGUUCAUCACACUUUCAUAG